AUGGAGGCAAAAAUGAAUUCUGUUUACGAUUGGGUAGGCUCUCUUGACGUACAAUAUGACACGUUCACAUUGUACAACCAUUGUGGAACUAUUCUGACACCCAAUGAUAAGAUAAUCAACCAGUCCACCCUUAGCAUGAGGGAAACAGAGAAUAACAUGGCUAUGUCAGAGUCGGACUCAGAAAUCUCGUUUUUGGGGUAUGGAAGUUCAAUGGCUGCAUUCGAUGACACUUUGACCGACGCCUCUGAUCGAAUGCUUAAACAAGUCCCUAUGAUUGCGUCUGGAACCCAAGAGUUAGACAACUAUUAUGCAUCAAUAUGCACACCUGGGCCAAGUGGCAUUGGAGGUAGCCCCGAUAACGAGGAUGAAGAAGAAGACCCAGGCACCCCUCCGCCAGUGACGUACAUCUCUCCCCAGAGAAUGGACAAAGAUGUUUCUGAUAUACUGGACGAGUUGGCUAAAGCGAUAGACCUGAACCACUUAACAAAGUUGAAUAUAGCGAGGAAAUUUUUGUGGGAGGGGGCCAAGCGUGCAUUGAGUCGCAAAACCUUUAGCCCAACACACAAAAUAUCAGUCAAAUUUACUGAUGACUUUGGAACUAGCGAAGGAGCUGUCGACUGGGGUGGACCAAUGCGGGAGUUUCUUUCGCUUAUCAUGCAAUUUCUUGAAGAUUCCCAUCUCUUUUGUGGUAAAGAGAAUCGCAAGUUUGUCUCCUUUAACUCAACAGCUGUGAAGGAGGGCGAUUACAAAUUUGCAGGAACACUAAUAGCUAUGUCUAUGGUCCAUGGAGGACCUAGUCCUCAGUUUCUUGCCCCUCCCAUGUUUGAGGCCAUUGUAAGCGACAACCCAAUGCAUGUAGCUGUCGCGAUUGAAGACAUCCCCGACUGGGAGCUCCAGGAGGCUAUCCUACGACUCUCCAGCUGUACUGAUGUGAAAGAUGCGAUACCUAUACUACAAGAGGGGAUUUUGACGACACUGAUAGACCUAUCAGGAACGUAUAUCCAGGUAAAAACGCUAGAGAGCAUCCAGGAAAUAAUCCGAUCUGUUACACAGUGGUAUAUUAUAGGAAGAUCUGUCCCCGCCAUUGAAAAUUUCAAGGAAGGACUCUCUGCCCUGGGUGUUCUUGAAGCCAUCAGAACACAUCCGGCUGUGUUUCGCACAGAAUUUUGCCCUUCACUCGUGGAAGUGAAGCUCACCGCAGAUACGCUAGAUGGUUUGUUCUCAGUGACAUCAAGUGACGUAGGCUCCACAAGAGCAGUUACCGAAAGUCUGGUUUUAUCUCGGUGGAGGGACUAUCUUCAGGAUUUAGAAGACAAAGAAGAUGCUGUAAGCCGGUCUGAUGUUUUGUUUUUUGCUACCGGGUGCCAUUCACUGCCACCAAGAAAGAAGACGAUGAACCCUACAAUAGAGUUCCUUCACCUUAAGGGGCAAUGGGGAUUUCCAAGGUACCCAAAUGCUAACGUGUGUUCUUCAACACUUCGCUUGCCAGUAGGACAUUCAUCCUACGAGAGUUUUAAAAAAGACAUGACAUUUGGCAUACAGAAUGGCAGGGGAUUUGGACUUCCCUGAACUAUUGCUUGGACAUCUACGUUUAAAUGAUAACAUCAUUUCCCUAAGUGACCAAACUGAUCAUGGUACCUAGCUAUUUGAAAUCAUCGAUAGGGAUAUCAUAAACCGUUAUAGCCGUUAUUAUCACCCUUUAUUGGAACAGCUAUUUUGAUAAAAGUUGUCGACGUCAAGCGUCCAGUUUGAUAUAGCUGUAUUCAUAACUGACCAGUUUGUAGCCAGAAUUUUAUUUACAGCCGGGUUAGGAAACCUGGUUAAUAAAUUAACACAUUAGACGAAACAUAAACUGUAGUGCUCGUAUAGCAGUAUUUAAAAGUUACGAGGUGUCAAAUUCUUUGUACGUGUACAUUUAUGUGUAACGGGUCUUCCUGUGAGUUUGUCAUAUGCUCUUAAGGUGACUCCACGAAAGGUCCAAGCGCAUUUUUCAUAAAUAUCAAUACUGUCAUGGCUUCUGUGAUACUCAUGUGACGGAUAUCAAACUUUGGGGACAGUAGGAGGUAUCAUUUAGCAAUAGUUUGGCAUAUUUUGAUCUUUGAGUUUUGGCCAAUUCGGCGGAACGAAAAUUGAGAUUCGAUCAAUUCGAUGUCAAUUGUGGCGGGACGACCAAAUUGGCUUAGACUUUCUAAAUGUGAGUCACCUAAAUUAAACACCAAUUGUGACAUUUUAUGCAAGACUGAUAGCUUAAUUUUUUUCCGGAGAUGUUUGAAGUUGUUUAAGGGGUCCUUAAUAAAAAUCGAAGUAUGCCAAACUAUUGCUUAAUGAUAUCUCCUACUGUCCCCCAAGUUUGAUAUCCGUUACACGAAGAUGGGAAAAGUUACGACAGAAUAUUAUUUACAGCGCGAAAAUGCGCUUGGAUUUUUCGUGGAGUCACCUUAAACGAGACACCCAAUGCAUUUCUGGGAUAUUUCGAGGAAAAAAGAGUAAAAUCUGAGUUAGUUUUUACGUUGUGAAAAUAUAGAACCUGCGUGAGGGAAUGUUAGAUUUUUAUGUUUCUCAUUUAGAUGUUGCAUUCGCCGUACAUGAUUGGUGGCUCAUUUCCGGGAAACUGACUACGCGCCAGUAUUCUAAAACAAAGAGGUCUAGUGAUAAACAGAAAACCAUAUGUACGGGAUUCUCGAAAGCCAAUUUGACAUUAAUGAAAGAUGUUGCGGGGAUGCCUUUGUCGAUGAAGCAGUGACAAAUUCAUUUGGUUACCUCAAAGGACAUCGUAAUCGUGACCACGUUACAGUUAUGGAAGUAUAACCAUGUUACAGUUGGAAGGAUACAUAUGUUUUUGACUCACGGUCCAUAAGUUGUUGUGUUGAGAUCGCCAUAGUGGGUCUUUGAUUGUCGAUAAACGAGGGCAUUCUUAUUGCCUGAACUAUGUUUCAGUAUAUCAUUUAUGAAAAAUACCAACCAGUUGAAUUUAAGGUGGCCCGUGGGUAAUUAUUUCAUUAAUGCAGCUUUGAAAUAAUUAUCCGCGGGCCACUUUAAGGUAAGAACACUGUAUCAAAAAAACGCUUUUCCGUUGGUACUAUGGUACGUAGCGCUCGUCAAUGUUUUGUUUUCUGAAAGAUAUGCAGCAUUAUUUUGUAUGUUUGUGAGGUAAAUAAAAUCAUAGCAUACUU